AAUUGGUCGAAAGCAUAGAGAGUCAAUGCGUCAAAAGGGGAUUUGGAGCAUUUCUACAGUUUAGUAAAUUAAUACAAAUUUAUUAAUAGGUGGUGGUUAUAUAUUUGCCUUAUAUAUUUGUGUGGUAAAUCGCUCGAUGGUAUCAUUAUCAGUCAGAUGCAAAUGGUGGUGAAGUCACUGAAGAAUUAACAUUCAGCUCAUCCAUACUACCAGACCAUAACAAGUGCACACGACGCUGAGCCUGCGCCUGAGCCUGAUCCCUGGCUGAGCUGAGCUGGCCGUACCUACGCCCGUGGUGAAAAUACUGUUGAGCUUGUCUGACCAGCAGCAGGAAUGAUGGCGACGCUACCAGGCUUGGCUUUCAACCUCCAAUCAGUGGACCAGGCCCCUUGCCCCGGUUGCUCCUCGUUUCUAAUGGAACCCUACAUCAGAUGUGCAAUAUGUGGUCCUCCAAAAAUUGAUCUAUGUCUCCAGUGUUUCUCCAAAGGCUGGGAAGAUGGUAAACAUCAAAGCAACCAUGAUUAUGAAAUCAUCACUAAUGGCUUCUCAUUGUUUGAACCAAACUGGACCGCCAAAGAAGAAAAGGCUCUACUUGAAGGAGUUUCAGAUUACGGCUUAGGAAAUUGGUAUGAUGUGUCCAAUCAAGUAACUGGUAAGACCAGACAGGAGUGUGAACAGCACUAUAACAAGGUCUACGUAGAUCAUCCAAAACCACCUCUCUUUGCUCUCCCAAUGCAAGCUGAGCUUACUAAGCGUACAAGUCUACCGUACAGAAUGUGUGAGGAUCCUCCUAGGCCAGCCAGAGACUCACAGAAGGCUUCAUCAGAGAUGGCAGGUUAUAUGCCAGCUAGAUCAGACUUCAAUAUGGAAUAUGAUAAUUAUGCUGAGCUAGACAUCAAGGACAUAUAUUUCCACAAUGAGACAGAUGAGCUCUUAGAAGAGCUGAAAUUCACCACGGUGGAUAUCUACCAUUCCAGACAGACAGAAAGAUACAGGAGAAAGUUAAUUGUCAGAAACCUGGGCUUAAUCAACUUAUUAAGAAUUCAAAUGGUGGAGAGAACACACAGCCAGGCAAUCCGUGACAUGGUGGACAAGAUGCACAGACUGUGUCGUCUUCACACGCCAGUCGCCCAUGACAAAUUCAUUGAAGGGCUCAUAUAUGAACAGGAUCUGAAGACUGAAACCAAGAAGCUACAGGAAUACAGAAGAAGUGGUAUCAAGACAUUUGUAGGUGCUGAUGUUUACAACCGAUUGAAGUCUAGAAGAGAACAGAUGAAGAGUCGGAAGAACCUACUGGGUGAAGUCGUAGCCAUCACAAGGGAUCCCAACGCCUGUGAGCAAUGGCUCAAAAGACAAGCUCUUCUUGAUACUGGUCACAAGGAAUUGCCUCCGGUUAUGGCAGGCACAGCUCGCAAGCAGACGCCACCACUAGAUCUGACUGGUUUUGUUGGGUACGACAAGCUAACUGAAAAUGAAAAGGAGCUUUGUGCUACAUUGAGGAUCAUCCCAGAGGCAUACUUUGAAUACAAACAGACUUUCCUCAGUGAAGCUCAGAAACUGGGAUUCCUCAAACUGAAACAAGCUAGGAAUCUGAUCAGGAUUGAUGUCAACAAGACAAGGAAACUGUACGACUUCUUUGUGAGAGAAAAACUCAUCAAAGCAUCAUGAAGAGAGAUUUAACAAAGGGUGAACUGAUGAAAUUUCCUCCAUAGUGAAUCGAGCUAGAAAUCAUCAGGGUAUGCCUUAACCAGACUAGGAACUACACGACUUGUUCAUCAGAGACACAAUCAUCAAAACAUUUUGAGCCUGAGGAGACACUUUAAGAAACUGAAACAAGCUAGGAAUCUUAUCAGAGUAGAAGACUAGAUGUCAACAAGAUUAGAAAAGGCAAUGUCUUCUUUGUCGGAAAGAAACUCAUCAAAAUAUCGAUGAGACAAACGAAAGAAAAACAAAAAUUGAACAGGUGUAUCAUACAGAUUCUUCAGACUGAAGCAAGCUAGUAAACAUAUCAGGAUGUCAACAAGACUAGGAAACACAACAUCUUCUUUGUCAGAGAAAAAUUUGUCAAAUCAGGAGAAUUGAUAAGAAACUUAACAGAUUACAUGGUUUCCCCGUUGCCUGAACUACAAAAAAUGCUUGAUGGUACUCUGAAUGACAAUAUCAAGAAUUCCAUGCAGAUAAUCUUUGGGCAUUAUGACAUUCUAAAAGCUAGAGGACAUGCAUGCAAAUCCCUUUUUUUUGGGGGGGGGGGGAGUUAAUCUACAGUUAAUCGGUUUCAUAAAGCCUUCUGUACCCAUCAAUUGCCAAGCAAUUAAACCCUUCAGUGGCUAGCUGUUAUAAAUGCGUUCAUCAUGCAUUGUACAAAAUUCUACUUUCUCAUAAUCUUCUCAGGGCUGUGCAGCCUAUACAAAGAUGAACUGAAGAUUGCAAAAGCGAUAUGAGGAAGACAAAAAGAAUUUAUACGAUUAUGUAAUUCCUGUCUUGUCCCAAGCAGAGUUUUUAUUAAACACCCCAGUCUCAAUACCCCAAAGCUGACCAAUUAUCCGCCAUUCGGGGUAAUGUAGUGCUAUGUUCAGUCUAUUGACGGUCUGGCGUCGGCCUUGCUGGUGUGACUGAGGUAUCGGGUUAAUGCAAUAUGUCAUUAGCAUGAUGCUAGAAUCAAUGUUCCUGUCAUUUAUAUUCCGAGUUCAUAGUGUAAAUGCUUCUGUAGGCAUACCUAUUUAUUAGAGGAAAAAUAAAGACUGAGAAUACAUUAUUCUA